AUGAAGACGAUGUUCCUUGUGUUAGUUGUUGUGUUUGUGUGUGGGGUGGGUGCUACAAACGAGACUGUGCGUUUAUCACCAUCGCGAAUGGCGUGGAUGAAAAACUUACUAGACCAUCAUGACUGGAUGGAAUUUUUGAUUGACGGAGGCAAUCAUAGUGUGUCGCUCGGAUGUGAAACCGACCUUAGGACAUACAUCACCGCUCUUAAUGAUGGGCAGCUUUGGGCGUCGAAAAAUCGCGAAUAUUCGAGUCCUGUGGUGGACGAAAUGUAA